GAGGGUGUCGGAGUCUCCUCACCGCCUCCCCUCUCCUCCUUCCUGAUCCCCCCGCGGACGCCCCUCAUUAGCAUGAGGCUGAGAGACAGACAGAGAGAGACAGAGAGAGAGAGACGCACUCAGCCAUGGAUCUCCUCUCCGGAGCUCUGCACCUCCUCCUCCUCCUCUCCACCACCUCCGCAGGUGAGUGGAAGAACUCAACGUGGAACCUGGAAAGGAACCCGUCUAGAAGUCAAUCAGAAGAGCAGAUGGACAUUCCAUGGACAAUCUCUCUACAGAGGUUCCCUGACCAGGGACUUCUCUCUGCAAUCCGCCCCUUAACGCCCGGGGACAAGAAGAAGGCCACGAUCCCGCCAGACAAAAAGGCGAAGGCCAGACUGGCUGUGGACAACAACACGGGGCUGAGAAAAAGCAGCGUUGACCACGGGAACAGACUUCCAACCAAUGCCUUACCUGCUCGUUCUUCGGUGAACGAAUUCACCGAUACACACAAACCCCAAGACAGAAACCUUCCUGAUUCGGCCUUUGCCUCCACCAAUCUUCAUACCACGAAAUCCAUCUCAACACAAGAGCACAGCAGUGGAAAGGCAAGCGAGUUACUGGACCAUGAAAAUAACCGGCCGGGCAAAAUUAAUCUUCAGAAACUCAUGGAACUUUCAUAUAACUCCAGCAAGCCGGCCUGGAUGACCAACCGCCAACCGUCCAGCCUACUCUACCAAUUUCAUGGCUUCCGGAAAGAAUUUGAGAGCAAAGAAAGAAGCUGUCAGUUGGACUGCCACAAAAACAGGGAUGAACGAGAGGCCUACUGUAACAGUGACUUUGCGGUGAACGGGAUUGUACAUGACGUGGACACGCUCGGUAAAGGGAUCCAACUCCUGACCAUACUGGUGAACAGCGGUGGGCUCUACAAGAUCAAUCGUCUCUAUAUAACCCCCGAUGGCUUUUUCUUCAGGGUCAAAGUCUUGGCUGUGGACCAUUUCAACUGCCCCAAGUCAUGCUUGGAUGUCAAACUCGGGGGGCGCUACAUUCUAAUGGGGCGGAUUUUCCACAAACGAAUGGAGUUACCGCCUUCGGUACAAAGGACGGUCAGCGGACGGUUAAGAGCCGGAGACGGACUCUUGACAAGCAGCAGUUUUGUACGGAGAUAUAACCGCAAAAAGGAUCGCAGGGUGCUGGCAGCCGCCCAUUCCAAGUGCAAAUGAUGCGAAGACACAACGCAACGUACCAAUGAACAGCAGAAUCUGUUAUUACCCCGGAACAACAACAUGCCUCUGAAAUCUACACAACGGCAUCACACAGGUCUCUGGCCAAGAACAUUCUCCCACAAAAGUCAUGGACUGGAAACCAGUUGGACAAAUCAAUGGUGUACCAAUAUUCUACCCACAGGGGGCGCUAGUAAUGGAAAAUAUAAAAGCAGUAUCUGUGCAUCCACGCUUCUAUAUCAGGAUGUCUUCCUUCUCAUUACAGCCCUAUAGGUAGAAUGUGUAUUCAUCCAGAACUGGAAGAUUGUAAUUCUAAAUUAAAUCUAUCAUAUUUAAGAUUUACAAAAGCGAGAA